UCGCUCUUCAGCACCGCUCGCUAUUAUGAAACAGAAAAAUAAAAGAUUAAAGAUGGAAGUAGAGACAGACGUUGACCGCCCCGAUAUUAAAGAUGAAGAGAAGAACGGAGACGAGAAGAACGGAGAAGAGAAGACCGGAGUGGAGAAGAACGGAGGAGGUGAUACGGAAGACCAGAUGGAUACCGAGGCAACUAGUCCUGAUGCGUCCGGACGAGAUUUUAGUUCCGAAAAUUACAAAAUUGAAUUACAAAACCUUCCAAAAUAUUUUGGUAUGGGCCAGAUGAAAAAACUUGUGAAUAAUAAGCUCAAGCUAAAUGCACACAAGCUUAAACCCUGUGGAUCUAGUUAUAUGUUUGUCUGCUUCAGGAAUGAAGAGGACAAGGAGAAGGCUCUGCUGGUCCUGGACGGGUUCAUGUUCAAGGGGAACAAGCUCAAGGCUGUCAGUGCAAAGGCUGCAGCAGAUCCAUACAAACAAAAGACCCAACAACCUCGUGAGAUGGCUGAUGAUAGACCUCUAGAAGAGAGAAUACAAGAGGCACUCUGUCCCUUCGCUAAACUCAGUUAUGAUGACCAGUUAGCGAAGAAGCUGGAGGAGGUUGUUACUGUGGUUAAACGGUUGGGAGCUGAGAUGUCUAAAUGCAAUCCAGGUUUAACAGAGUUUGUACGAACCAGUAUAACAAAGCACGGAGUUGUUGCUCCUAUUCAGGAGUUUCUAAGAUCUCCGGUAACCCAGGGAUACAGGAACAAGUGUGAAUUUUCUAUUGGAUACAUGAACACAGAACCUAAGAGUAAUGUUACAGACACGAAGGAGGAAGAGAAACUAGACAUACCUGAGACCAAACCUACAAUAUCAGUUGGGUUUCGUCUUGCUUCUUAUAAACAAGGUUCAGUAGAGGUUGUAAGUCUGGCUAGUUUAUCUUCUGCUGAACAAACUCUUCCACACAUUUCCCCACAAAUGAUAAAAAUUGGAAUUCUGGUUGAACAGUUUGUUCAGGUUUCAGGUAUACUAUCUCCCUUCCCUAGAUGGUUGGGAUUAAGUAAGGUUCAGUUGGAUCAAGUAAGAUCGGAUUUAAAACUCUUCUUCACAGAGGGAGCUGGAAAACUGUGUAAAGUGACAAACCUCUUUCUGCAUUUAGCUCCGGCUAAGAAAUUACAACACGCCUUCUUUCAAGUGAACAGUAAGGCUGCUGAAGUACUAUAUGCUUGUGUUGGAGACCUAGCUGAACUACAAGAUAAAGGAACCCUGGUUGAUGUUUGCUGUGGAACUGGAACUAUUGGACUCUGUCUAGCUAGUAGGGUCAAACAGGUUAUCGGAGUAGAAUUGGUUCCAGAAGCAGUAAGAGAUGCUCGGAAGAAUGCUGAAAGAAACGGAAUCAAAAAUUGUUCUUUCUUCGCUGGUCGAGCAGAAAACAUACUGGGAGAAAUACUCAGAGAUAUUGACAGUUCUGACGUAGUAGCAGUAGUCGAUCCUCCCAGAGCAGGUUUACAUCAUAAAGCUCUGAGUGCAAUCAGAAACAAUCUUGCAAUCAAACGUCUGGUAUAUGUAUCCUGUGAUGCUAAACCAGAUUAUUUAAACGUCUAGUAUAUGUAUCCUGUGAUGCUAAACCACCUUAUUUAGA